AUGAUGGCAUCGCUAAGACUUGCCGCGCCGGCAUGGCGUCUCACAUUGGCACGCCGUGCUUUCUCUACCAGCGCGCUUGCAAGAAUAGCUGCUAAUGAAUCACAUGCGUAUACAGAGCAUGAAAAACCAGGGUACGGCAUCAAGACGUCGUUUUUGGAGCGCGCUUUCCUUGGCCUCGGCAGCUCGUUGGGCUUGCUCGCUCGCCCCAGCCGCGGAGAUUUGCUCACGGUGCUUACCCAAGUUUCUUCAUUUUCUGCAAUUGAUCGGCUUAUUGGGCAAAUGCAGUCUACACAUGAGGGACGGUGUUUGAUGAUCACCAGACCUUCAAUCAACUCAAGCACCAUUGAUCUCGACGCACUGUGGCGCUUGGAUGAUGGGACAUUUGGCAAGGAAUGGGUACGCUGGCUGCAUGCAAAUCAUAUUGGACCAGACGGACGGUGCGAUGCGCGGUUUAUGCCCACGAUCGAGUCGCGGUACGCAAUCCAGCGAUAUCGCGAGACCCACGAUUUCUACCAUGUCCUGCUCGGAAUGCCCACCUCUACGCUUGGCGAGACCGUGGUAAAGUACUUUGAAAUGGCGCAUAUGCAUCUCCCUGUUGCCGCACUUUCAGUUGUGGGCGGCAGCGUGCGUGUGCUGAACGACGACUUGACCAAAAAGGACGCGUCGCACGCUGCUGCGCAGCUUCGACUGCUUGCGCCGUGGGCUUGGCGUCUUGGCAAGAAUGUGCGUGUGCCACUGAUCACUGUUGCAUGGGAGCAGCGCUGGGCGCAGCCACUUGCCGAAAUGCGGGAAGAGUUUGGGCUGCAUGUGCCGGCACCGGUGGAGCUCGACGCGACGCAACGGCCACGCAGCAGCGUCAAGACGCAAACACAGGUUGCGGGCCGCCGCUUUUACGGCUGGCCCAGCAAGAUAUGGGAGCGGCAUGGGCAGAAAGACGCCCGACACAAGUAG